AUGGAGAUAGAACAGCGCAUCAAAGCCUAUCGCUUCGUCUCAUAUGCCGCUGUCACAUUCUCCGUGGUUGCUGUUCUUUCUGUCUGCCUUACUCUGCCAAUGGUUUACAAUUAUGUGAAUCAUGUGAAGAGUCAGAUUAACAUUGAUAUUACCUUCUGUCAGAGAACUGCUAAAGAUAUUUGGUCUGAAGUCAGUCAUCUCGAUGUUCUACCCUCUUCAAACAGGACUGCCCGUCAGGCAUAUGCUGGUGAUGACGCUGGCGUUAGUGACCAAACUGGAGGAGGUGGAUGCAGUGGUUGUUGUCUUCCAGGUCCUCCCGGACCAGCUGGAACUCCCGGCAAACCUGGUCGCAACGGAAAACCUGGAGCUCCUGGAUUACCAGGCAAUCCCGGUCGACCACCUCAAGCACCGUGCAACCCAAUUACCCCACCUCCUUGCAAGCCUUGCCCUGCUGGGCCUCCUGGACCACCCGGUCCUCUUGGGCCUCCUGGAGAUGCUGGUCCUGAUGGUCAACCUGGUCAGCCUGGUAACGCUGGAAGCCCUGGUUCACCUGGCCCCAAAGGACCUCCCGGUGCGGACGGACAACCUGGAGCACCAGGAGCUCCUGGCCAACCAGGAUCAGACGCUUACUCAGAGCCAAUCGUUCCUGGAGAACCUGGACCCGCUGGAGCACCUGGACCACAAGGACCACCUGGACCCGACGGGCAACCAGGAGUCGACGGACAGCCUGGGCAACCUGGACCUAAAGGACCUCCCGGACCUGAUGGGCAACCUGGCGCUGAUGGAAAUCCCGGUCCACCAGGUAAUCCUGGAGAACAUGGAGCUGCUGGCGAAAGAGGUAUUUGUCCCAAAUACUGUGCCAUCGACGGAGGAGUCUUCUUUGAAGACGGUACUCGACGUUAA